UCACGUGAUACGAGCUUACGAAGAUGGUGGAAGUUUCUUCUUCCUUGAAGUGAAACCCCCAACAGAAACCCAAACAUCCUGGUGAGCGAAGGCUGGGUGGACACUUUAGAUACAGCGCGUUAGUUUUACAGCUCCUCGCUCGGACUCCGGCCUUUAUACCAGCCCUAUGUCAUGGCCAGUGGAGCCACCAAGUCGGGCACUUCCAAUGGAUACCCUAUUAGGGCACAGCUACAAAUCGUUGUGCUAUCAGCAAAACUGAAAGAAAACAAGAAAAACUGGUUUGGUCCCAGUCCCUAUGUGGAAGUGACAGUCGACGGCCAGUCCAAGAAAACAGAGAAAUGUACCAACACUCACAGCCCCAAAUGGAAGCAGCCGCUCACUGUGAUCGUAACUCCAUUCAGCAAACUAGUGUUUCGUGUGUGGAGCCACCAGACCCUGAAGUCAGAUCUGUUGCUAGGGAUGGCCACGCUGGAUCUUAGUGAAACACUCAAAUCUAAUGACAUGAAAAUUUCUGAGGUGGUGCAGACCUUACAACUGUGUGCAGACAGGGACGAGUCAGACGUGGUGGGGGACCUGUCUGUCUGCCUUGACGGCAUGACUGUUGAUCCUGAUAUGUUCGCAAAAGCAGAAGCCGACCAUCACAGUACAUCAAAUGGGGAGUCGCAGCCAAAUGGUGAUCAUUCCAUAAGGCACAGUCGAGACAGCUCUCCGGCUGUGGACAGCAUAGAGCACAAGUCCUCUCCUAGUGGCCGUAGAUCAGUAAACAGCACAGGGUCUCCAUCGGUAUCUUCAACAGGGCUGAGGCCUGUUCGACCACCUAGGCCAUCUAGACCUCCGCCUCCAACCCCACGCAGACCCAACUCUUCACCAGCAUCUUCCAGCAAUGACUCUGCUGCAGCAGACUGCAGCGACGGCCAGUCAGGUUCUGAUACCCCAGUGCGAGCGCCGGCCUCGGGUCCCUCAUCAGCCCCAGACUCAAGUCCAUCAUGGGGCUCUGACAGGAACUCCACAGUGGCCUCCGGUUCUGGAGCUGCAGCAACCAGGCAGCCGACCAGCACCAUCACCCCUGCUGUCACUCCCAGAGUCCCCGCAGUCAGCACAGGACCCUUGCCUCCUGGAUGGGAGCAGAGAGUGGAUCAGAACGGCAGGCUUUAUUAUGUUGAUCACGUGGAGAAGAAAACAACGUGGGAACGGCCUGAACCGCUGCCCCAUGGCUGGGAGCGUCGUGUUGACCAAAUGGGCCGGGUCUACUUUGUUGAUCACAUGACACGUACCACCACAUGGCAACGCCCCACUGUGGAGUCAGUGCGCAAUUAUGAACAAUGGCAGCACCAGCGAAGCCAGCUGCAGGGCGCCAUGCAGCAAUUCAACCAGAGAUUUAUAUUUGGGGCCCAAGACCAGGCCACAGCCACUCAAAAUAAGGAGUAUGAUCCUCUUGGGCCUCUACCACAGGGAUGGGAGAAGAGAACAGACUCCAAUGGCAGAGUUUAUUUUGUGCAUCACCCUACACGGUCAACACAGUGGGAGGAUCCAAGAACACAGGGUUUGCUGAAUGAGAAGCCCCUUCCUGAAGGCUGGGAGAUGCGCUUCACUGUAGACGGUAUUCCUUAUUUUGUCGACCACACCAGGAGAACCACCACCUACAUCGACCCCCGCACUGGAAAAUCCUCACUUGAAAAUGGACCCCAGAUCACCUAUGUUCGAGACUUCAAAGCCAAAGUACAGUACUUCAGAUUCUGGUGCCAGCAACUGGCGAUGCCUCAACACGUCAAGAUCAACGUAUCCAGAAAAACCCUGUUUGAGGACUCCUUCCAGCAGAUAAUGAGCUUAAAUGCUCAAGAUCUGCGAAGGAGGCUGUGGAUCAUCUUCCCUGGAGAAGAAGGGCUUGACUAUGGCGGUGUUUCCAGGGAGUGGUUCUUCCUGCUGUCCCAUGAGGUUUUGAACCCGAUGUAUUGCCUGUUUGAAUAUGCUGGUAAAGAUAACUACUGUCUUCAGAUCAACCCAGCCUCCUACAUCAACCCUGACCACCUCAAGUAUUUCAAGUUCAUAGGACGCUUUAUUGCCAUGGCUCUUUUCCAUGGCAAGUUCAUCGACACUGGUUUCUCACUGCCAUUUUACAAGCGCAUCCUCAACAAGCCGCUGACCCUCCACGACCUGGAGUCCAUUGAUCCAGAGUUCUACAACUCCCUCAUGUGGAUCAAGGAUAACAACAUUGAGGAGUGCGGGCUGGAGAUGUUCUUCUCUGUUGACAAGGAGAUCCUGGGGGAGAUCUCCACCCAUGAGCUGAAGCCAGGAGGAGGUGACAUCCAAGUCACAGAAGAGAACAAGGAGGAGUACAUCAGGCUGGUGGCAGAGUGGCGCCUGUCCAGAGGAGUAGAAGAGCAGACACAGGCUUUCUUUGAAGGCUUCAAUGAGGUCCUCCCUCAGCAGUACCUGCAGUACUUUGAUGCAAAAGAGUUGGAGGUCAUGCUGUGUGGUAUGCAGGAGAUUGACCUGGUAGACUGGCAAAGAAACACCAUCUACAGACACUAUGCUCGCAGCAGUAAACAGAUCGUCUGGUUCUGGCAGCUGGUGAAGGAGAUGGACAAUGAGAAGAGGAUGAGACUGCUGCAGUUCGUCACUGGUACCUGUCGCCUGCCAGUCGGAGGCUUCAAUGACCUCAUGGGAAGCAACGGUGCUCAAAAGUUCUGCAUUGAGAAGGUGGGAAAAGAAAACUGGCUUCCCAGAAGUCACACAUGCUUCAACAGACUGGAUUUGCCACCCUACAAGAGCUACGAGCAGCUGAAAGAGAAGCUGAUGUUUGCCAUUGAGGAAACGGAAGGCUUUGGACAGGAGUAAAGAAAACCAGGAGGAGCUGGGUGCAGGAGUCUGGAGGAAUGAGAAAACCCCACCAGUGUUCAAAUCAGGGAGCCUCUUUAGAAUAGGCAGGAGUUUUUGGGAGUUUGUGCUCAUGCAUGCACUCACAUGUGUAGUACUUCUAUGGGAGCAUAUGCUAGACUGUUGUCUGCAUGUUGUUGGGUUUUGGGCACGGGCCCUGCACACUGCAGUCUCAGCAGGCCUCUGCACGCCCGACAGCUUGGAGAAAUUUUUGUAUCGUUUCAAACCAAAACACGGACGCUGCUCCCAUCUCUCAGAAUGUGCACCGCUCUAUGCUCGGUGAACUCGUCCUCUGUGACAUCUGUUUAACAAGACUACAGGUCUUUUGUUUUGUGCUUUCGACUCAUAUGAUCAUGUCAGGUAAGAAGGAGGGGUUAAACUGAAAACAUCUUGACCUGACGGAGCAC